AUGCAAAAAGAAGAAAAUACAACACGAAAACGAAAAAGUAUGACUAGAACCACAUGCGUAAAGCGUGAAAAAAGGAGUAAAAUUAAUAAAAUCAAAACAAAAUCAAGGAAAACAACAUCUGUGAAUAAGAAGAAAUUUAAAAAAAAAUUUAAUGAAUCAAGCUCUGAAAUUUCCGACUUUCAAUUGAGUAUAGCAGAAUCAGAUGAUUCGGAAUAUAAAACAUUAAAUGACUACAUAAAAAUCUGUUUACAAGAUCAGUCGGAAAAAGAAAACUUGGAGCCGGAAAUCCCGUUUGGGAUCAGUGAUAUUGAGUAUUUCACAGGCAAUGUUGAUAAUUUAAACGAAGGUGACUGGCUCAUAGCUAAAUUUGCUACGAAAAAAAGCUUCAAGCACUUUGUUGGACGGAUUUUAUUUAUUAGAAAUAAUAUCCCUACAAUAGAAUUUCUAAGGAAAGUUAAAAAUACUGCAAAUAGCAAAAGAUUAACCUUUACGUAUCCACCUGUCAAAGAUAUUUAUGAAAUGCAUCACGUAGAUGACGUUGUUCUCGUCUUACCGCAAUCAACAAUUACUAGAAGGGGCCAAGUUAUGUUCGAAGUUGAUUUUUCUAGUUAUAAUAUACAAUAA